AUGAUUGUUGUUCUUUUGCUUGGAGUUUUGAUCGGCGGUUUGAUGCUUGGCGGUGUAGCAGUCUACUUGUGCCGACAAGGUCAAGAAAUCGGUGAGAACUUGGCUUGCAAGCUUGACUUCAACGCGGCUAUUUUUGGAACUUCUUCUCAAGCCGACGAUAUUGCCUUUGUCGAUGAGCGUUCUUUUACAAAUAUUACGGCUUUGGAUGAAGAGGAGCUACGUCGUUUCCGCCGUGAUGUCGAUUACGCUCUUGUUCCAGCGGACGAUUCAAGCGAUCUCUCGAUGGACGAGUUCUACGAUCUUAUCGUGGACACAUAUGUCGAAGAAGAUUCAAGCGACGAGAUGGUCAUUACCACCACUGCUCCCAUUGUGGAGAUUUUGUCUGAUGACUUUGACGUUGAAGGCAGUGGCGAUGAGGGAUCAUCCGACAUUCAGCAGCCUCCUGUGACUUCUUUGGCGACCGCGACCACGACCGUGACCACGACCGCGACAACGACCGUCACCACUACUACGUCCAAGACCACGACCACACCUUUCUUGGCUACUACGGCUAAGACUACAGCAAUGUCUACUCGUGACACCUUUGCCGUCGAUUUUGAAGUCGUUGCUGAUGAUACCGUCGCCACCGCCGCCGCCGCCGCCGCCGCCGCCACCGGUGUCGAAGGAUCAGGUUCCGGCGACAGCGGCGAAAUUGACAUCGAUUUGGUCGACGAUUUUGCUUCAAACUCGGCAGCAAAGAAUCACGGUAUUAUCACAUAUAUAAGUGUCUCGCUUGCCACUGUAAUUGGCUACUAUUUUGCGCUCGCUUUGCUCAAAGCAGCGCAGCUUGCUUGGGAUAAACAUCGUCGAUGCUUCUUCAUUCCAGCAGCCUCCUCAUUUGAUUCCUCAUUCGAUGAUAUGUGCUCUUCUUCUGGGGAUGAAAUUGUCUCUCUUCAUCACCGCCGUCGCCGGGGCUAUUUUCAGUCUCCAAUUUUAGAAGACGACGAGGAGGAGGAGCAGGAAGAUCUCAUUUACGACUACGAGCCAAUGGUGGCUCGCAACGUCAAGAAUGCAAAUCCUACUGAGCGCUACAAAUACUACAGCAAUCUCGUCUAA